AUGGAACCUACAUCACCGCCCUCCACUUGGGAUAACCUUACCUACUCGAUCCCCCGCAACAAUAUAGGCGCCGACUUGCACCCCUUCCAAGAAUACAUCCUCAAGAUGGCAGCCAUGGACUACGUUCACCGUCCCCCUCCGCUCACUGAAUCUGGUGAGGAGAUGAGUUUCUAUGAAGGCUUUGAGGAUCAGCAUCAUCUGUUGCUCUCAUGGGUCCUGCACAACGGCUACACCGAGUCUCCUCAGGGAGUGAGACAGCCGAAUAAUCUAUUCCAAAAACACCCGCUCGCUGUCACAAUCCUGGAUGCCGCCCUCGAAGUUAGCAUAACUCAGAGCACAAUCAGGCGCUUCUCAGAGCGUGCUCUUCCAGUCGCUCUGGCGCGAUAUGUCGAGAGUAACAGCGCUGGGCUUUCGGGAUUCAGGAUGAACGUUCUGUGGGCGGCUGCAGAGCGGUAUGCGGAGAUGAUGAUAGCGGAUGCAGCGGUUGGCGGUGAUGAACGGCACGUGAUUGAUGAAAACCCUUCUUUUCCCCUCGUUAUACAGGAGAGACGCCCAAAAGAUGCAGUUUAUAUACAGGAUGUGAACCUGGCCACGUUCUGCGCUGUCAACGCCGAAUUCGAGAAGUAUGUCUUCAAUCACGAGAGUAGUUGUAAGUGGUGGUGGGACGAGGAGUCUCACGCGGAUAGGAUUCGAGAGCUUUUGAAGCACACGAUCAGGCUCGCGCUAGACAAGGCAUGCAAGGCUCAGGGUGUUGAGCUCGUGAUAUACCCCUCCACUGUGGUCUUAUCCGAUCGCGAUAGCUGUGAGCCCGAAGACUCAUGUCUUCAAGAGGAGGAGGAAGACCUACACCUCGACGAUAAGGAGCGUCUGGAGGACCCGAAAUCUACCGAAGAACAUAAGGACGACCAUGAGAUGUCCGAUGCCACUGUGGACACCGCCAUGGGAAACAAAUCUGAAGAGUCAGGUUCAGACUCAGACUCAGACUCAGAAAUAUCAUAUUAUGGUUGCUGCCUUAGAGCCCGAACCCGUUCACCCACCUAUUCUCCAAGUGACGGCUCUCCGCGUGACGGCUCUCCCCACGAUGGUUCUCCGCAUGAAGAGACUCCACGCGAUGGCCGGGGCGAUGGUUCUCCGCAUCAUGAUUCUGAAAAGAACAGCGAUCAAGAAAAGCCUGACGAGCCGUACUUUGAAGAUUUCACCGGUGCCGGCUUCACCACCGCCAAUGCUAUCCAACCCAGCGAUCUUAACCGUGGUUGGAAGCCAUAUCAACUUCAACUACCUACUCGGAAUAUCAUGAUUAACGGAAAGUGGAUCUGUGUUGAGGUCCCCGAGCGCAAGCUCUCUCCAAUCAUCACAGUCGAUAUGCUCCAAGACUACCCCAAGCCCGUCAAUCUAGGCCAUCUCUCCGAGAGGCCAGGCGGAUCCGGCGGCAAGCCCGAAAAGCGCAGGGCGAAUAUGCCGGGAGGCAAGACUGACGAGCCCACAGAGGUGGCUGCCGCGGCGAAGCCGAAACCACCAAAGAAGACCUCUAAACAGUGGAGAAAGCAACAAAAACUGGCCAACAAGGCCUUGGAAGAGCGCGUUAAGCAGAAUAAGCGAAAGGCGCCGGAGGAGGUUGAGGCUUGGGAUUAUAGUACUGGUAAGGCGCCGAAGAAUAUAGCGGAAUUCAUGAGGGAUGCAGAGAACGGUGAUGUUGAGAUGGCUGCGGCGGCGGCUACCACUGAUGUUGCGGAGAGUGCGGGCACGCAAGGUGAUGGUGAGGAUGGGGUUAAGAGAAGGAUCUGGUUGAGGGGGAGAGUGCCGGGGGAGGGGGAUGGAUGUGAAAUUAUCAAGAGGGCUGCGAAUCGUGAAGUGGUGGAAUAG